CUUGUUUGUUGAGUUUAUUGAAUCAUGCAAAAAACAUUUGUUGAAUCCAUUCUUCCCUGUUCCUUACUUGCUUUUUGCCUUCUUUCCCCUUUCCAACCUUUUUUCCAUUCUUAAAGGCUAAUGGCGUCCACCAACAUCUUUGACGUCCUCAACGACGACGCUCAGGAUCAGGAGAUCCGCGUCCCCGCCCCAAAGAAGGAGACUAAGCCUGCUGCAAAAACUGGUGCAAAGCCUGCUGCCGGUAAUACCUCCAAGUCUGCUACUACUGACAACAGAGGUCCUCGCAAGGAUGCUCCUCGCCCCAACAACAGACCAAGAGAUAAUGAUGCUCCUCGUGGACCUCGUUAUGACCGUGCUCCUCGUGAUGGAGAAGCCACACCCCGCCCACCUCGCGGAUCUCGUGCCCCUCGUGGUGGCCGUGGUGGUCGUCAUGGCGGCUAUGACCGCCACUCUGGAACUGGCAUUGUUGACAGUGAAAACAAAGAAAACAACCGUUUGGGCGAUCCCACUUCUUCUUAUCUCGAAGCUGAGCAAGAUGCUGCUACUGUAGGCACUGAUGAGGCUACUACCGAUGCUCCCGAGCCUGCUGAGCCCGAGACUACCAUCAAGACCCUUGAUGACUUCUUGCAAGAGAAGGCUGCCAAGGCCGCCAAGAUUGCUCUUCCCGAAGCCCGUGCUGCCAAUGCCGGAGCGGAUGAAUCCAAGUGGAAGGACGCCAAGGUCCUUGAGAUCCAGGAGGCUGAAGACUUCAUCAAGAUGGGAAAGGAGUCUGCGACCAAGUCCCGCAAGGGCAAGAAGGAGGGCAAGGUCUUGAUUACGGAUAUUGAUUUCAAGUUCACUGAACCUGCCCGUGAGCCUGCUCCCCGCAGCGCUUUCCGCGGUGGUCGUGGAGGUGAUCGUGCGCCCCGUGGUGCUCGUGGCGGCAAUAGCAGUCGCCCUCGCGGUGGUGCCGGUUCUCGUGGUGCUUCGGUCAAUGUUGAUGAUCAGGAAGUCUUCCCAAGCCUCGGCUCCCAGUAAAGGCAAUAGGCAAAGGAGGAACCUAGGAAGAAUUGAAUUUGGCUCUUUACGAGUCAGAGGGGAUAUUGUUAAAACUGUUUAAUGAAGAGUUUGCCAACAAUGUUUUUUUUUUGUCAGUAUUCCGAUGUCUGAAUUGCCACCAUCUCUGAAAAAUGCUGGUCAAAGCGUUUUUUUUUCAGUAAUCUGGAAAGGAGGAAAUGUGUAAACAGUUUCAGUUUGAAAAAUAUACCAUUCGGCAUUUCAAGAGAACUUUAGAAGCAAGUCAUCUUAUAGAUCUCUUGAUACAGACAAUUGCCCAUUUCCGACGCCCAGUGCCUUGGGUUGCUGCAUCCAUGUCCCUGACUGACUUCGCCAACACAUGUGUUGUCCUCUCACGCCGAAAGUUGAACAAUGCGCUCAGACAUAAACUUACCGUUCCCGUAUGCAAAGAUUGUAAAAAAAAAAAAGGAAC